AUGGUGCUUUCAAGAGCGAGGACUUUCGUUAUAGUCUUCGCCGUGCUGACGGCAGCGUUCUCGGCGGUGCACUGGCCGCUCAGACGCUCGUGGCGCGACAACCUCGUGGCGCCUAAAGGAGGAGGGGAUGAUGAUCCGCCCAUAGCAGUGUGUCUGGUGGGGUCGGCGCGGGCCUUUGAGGCAACGGGGCCCUCGCUGCUGCGCCACCUGCUGCUGCCCUCCGCGCACCCCUCUCCCUCUCUCUCCCACCGCCCCUUACACCUCUUCCUGCACGCGCCUCUGGACGAAACCGCUGCCAAGCUCAGCUUCCUCCGAAGCUUCGCCAGCAGCAGCAGCAGUACCAGUGGAAAUGUUGGACAAAAUCGGAUCGCGGGGAGUGAUGACGUGGUGGGUCAGGAUUGGGUGCGUUUGGCCCGGGAGAGCGCCAUUGCAGCUGUGCAGAUAUUCCCAAACACUGACGUGGAUGAGACAAAAUACCCCACUGGGGUCAUGUUCACUGGUGACUCCCCCAGUGGCCUACAGGGUCUGCUACAGUACUUUCGCCUGGUGGAGGGGUGCUGGGACAUGAUCCAAUCGUUUGAAGCCACGUCAGCACAAGCCACGUCAGCACCGCCCCUGCGCUACAACUGGAUCGUGCGAGCCCGCCUCGACUCCCUCUGGACCGCCCCCGCGUCCAUCCAACCCCCGCCGCCCAUCCUGCCGCCCAGCGUUCCCCCUAUAGCCACCACCGCCGCUGCACCAGCAGCAGCAGCUAUUCUUAAUGGCAUUGGUUUGGGUGAUGGGGUGGGUGAUGGGUUGGUCUACACAAUUCCGUAUGGGUGGGACUGGUGGGGGCUGAACGACCGGUUUGGGAUGGGAGGGAGGCAGGCGAGUGAAGCAGCGCUGAAGAGACUUAGUGCCCUGCAGCUGCUGGCAAGGCGGAAGAUGCGGAACCUCAACUCUGAAGGAGCCUUUAAAGCCCAGCUAUCUCUGGCGGGCAUCACAGUGCAACGAGCCAGCCUGCCCUUCUGUGUGCUCAGCCAACGCACCUACCCCGACGGCUGUGCCCCCACCGUCUACUCAAUCAACUCCUCCGUGCCGCUAAAUGGCGCCAAAUGCCGCCCGUGCAGCCGCCCGUGUGCUACAGGCGAAAAGGCCCGAGCUCUCGUCUCCCGCAUUGCCCCUUCCGAACCUAAUUGGCCGGGCCCAGAAGCGGGGGAGGGGGAGGUGGGGGUGUGUGAUGCGGCGAGGGGGUGGGAGAAAGGGUGGGAGUCGGAGUUUGAUGCGGUUAUGGGGGAGGAGAUGGCGGAGGGGCGGAGGCAGGUGGUGCGGGAGGCGAUGGGGAGCAUUGACGAGUGUGUGCUGGCGUGGGAUGAGUUCCGCACCCUCACCUUCCGCGCCCUCACAGUAUCAUGGGAUGCGCCAUCACCCCGAGCGGUGUGCGUGCGAGCUCAUGUCGGCUUCCCACCUCCCCUCAAUCUACUCGACCGUUUCCAUCCAUUCCGCACCCUCACAGUCUCCUGGGAUGCGCCGUCACCCCGGGCGGUGUGUGUGCGAGCUCGCAUGGGAGGCAGCGCGUGGGUGGGGGGAGGGCCAAGGGCAGACGGAAGAUUUUCCACCUUUCUCUCCCUGCUUACUGCCUCGAGCCAGGUGGUGGUUGAGGUGGAGGGCAGUCAAGACAGCAAUCCGCUUCUUACAAACCAGUUGUCACAAGAGGGGGGUGACGGGAGUAGCAGCGGUGGAGUGGAGAGGAGGUUGCUGGAUGAUACCAAGGCUCAUGGUGCUGCUGUAGCAUCUGACACUGUAGCAUCUGACACUGUAGCAUCUGACACUGUAGCAUCUGACACUGUAGCAUCUGACACUAAGUUUCCUUAUCUCCAUGCCUGUUUGCUUCCCUCCCCCACAGUCCCAUUGUUUUCUUAG